AUGAUCACGGCUUUCCGCCGUCGCCUCCUCGGUGAUGGCCAUACAUAUAGCCUCAUUGGCAGCCCCCAGGAUGUCGAAGACCAGCUUUGGAGGAGGAAGCAUUAUAUUCUGUUGAUCAUGCUGGUUGCGCUUGCUGGGCUGGCGGCUGUGUUCGUCUCUGGACGAAGGUCGUACGGGAUUGAGACGUGCGAUACGGUUGCGCAUGGGUUUCAAUGCGGUACUACGAUCUCACAAUACUGGGGCCAGUACAGCCCGUACUUCAGCGUGCCCCCCGAGAUCUCACCGGACAUUCCGGAAGGAUGCACCGUGACAUUCGCUCAGAUCUUGUCCCGGCAUGGCGCUCGCGACCCGACUGCUUCGAAGACCGAGGCCUACAACGCCACGAUCCAGAAGAUCCAGGCCAACGUCAGGAAGUUCUCUGGCAAAUAUGCUUUUCUCGCCGAUUAUGAGUACACACUUGGAGCGGACCAGCUUACUACGUUUGGUCAGCAGGAGAUGGUGAACUCGGGUAUCAAGUUCUACGAGCGCUACAGAGAUCAGACGCGGGAUAUUGUGCCUUUUAUGCGAUCUUCUGGAGAAGACCGUGUCGUCGAGAGUGCUCUGAACUUUACUCAAGGUUUCACAGACGCUAAAGCUGCCGAUUCGCAAGCGAAGCAUGGCAGCAAAGCAUAUCCGACAGUCGAUGUUAUCAUUCCAGAGGCAGACUACGGCAUCAACAACACGCUCAACCACGACCUCUGCACAGCUUUCGAGAACGGCACCGAUAGCUCGAUCGCCGACGACGUACAGGAGACAUGGACCAACAUCUUCGCAAAGCCGAUCAGGAAACGACUGAACUCACAUCUGCCUGGCGCACAUCUCACGCUCCAGGAGACAAUCUAUGUUAUGGAUCUCUGCCCCUUCAACACCGUCGCUUCUCCUACCGGCGAGCUGUCACCGUUUUGCAACCUCUUCACUGAAGAAGAAUGGCACCAGUACAACUACUACGAGACUCUGGACAAAUGGUACGGCUACAGUUACGGCAAUCCACUCGGACCAACGCAGGGUGUUGGAUUCGCGAACGAGCUCAUCGCUCGUAUGACGGACAAGCCCGUCCACGAUGAGACGUCGACGAACCAUACCCUUGAUGACGAUCCGAAGACGUUCCCUCUCGGACGCCAACUGUAUGCGGACUUUAGCCACGAUAACGACAUGACAGCCAUAUUCGCGGCGCUCGGGCUGUACAACGGUACAGGGCAGUUCCCUAAAACCGAAGUGGUUGAGGCACGGGAUGCCAACGGCUACAGUGCGGCUUGGACGGUGCCAUUCGCUGCGAGGGCGUACUUUGAGAAGAUGACUUGCAGCGGGCACAAGGGCGAAUUGGUGCGGGUGCUCAUCAACGAUCGCGUGCUGCCGUUGACGCAGUGCGGUGGCGAUGGUCUUGGGAGGUGUACGUUGGCAAAGUUCAUUGAGAGUUUGGGCUUCGCGAAAGCGGGAGGAGAUUGGGAUAAGUGCUUCUUAUAG